AUGUGGGCGCCGCCCGCCUGGGCAGGGGCUUGUGCGGACACUGCCACCGCGGCCCGCUGGCGCUGUGUGUGGUUGGUGCUGGCAGUGCUGGUGGCAGCACUCGGGCUGUUGACUGCUGGAGUAUCAGCUUUGGAGGUAAUCACCCCAAAAGAAAUAUAUGUGGUCUAUGGGACACAAGGGGUGCUGUCCUGCAAAUUCAAGUCUAAUAUCACCACAGGCCAGGAGACCACAGUCUCCUGGAGCUUCCAGCCAAUUGAGUCCAACACCACCGUGUCCUUUUUCCACUUCGUGGAUGGUCACUUCGUGAUUGUCGGGAAUGACCCGCUAUUCACGGACAGGGUCACCUGGGCUGGAGACCUCCUCAACAAAGACGCAUCCAUCAAAAUACAAAAUAUGCAGUAUGACCAUAGCGGUUACUUCAUCUGUGAUAUCAAAAACCCUCCCGACAUUGUCUCCAAACCGGGAUACAUUCUCCUCUAUGUUGUAGAUAAAGAGGUGCCUGCGCCGCCCACGACUCCGCGGACCCAGCCUCCUCCGCCCGGGACUCCACUGACCCGGAGGCCGCCCUUGGAUCUGAUUUCACAGGUGAUGGGUAUAGCGGCCUCUGUGAUUCUGGGUCUCCUCCUCUUCGCUAUCUUCAUAACCCUGGUUCUGGUACAUAAAGAAACGCUCCCAUCCGGAUAA